AUGAGGAUGACAGAAACGAUUGAUAUUAAUGACACCACUAUUCUUGGGCAGGAAGCCGUGGCUGCGCGGCCGCAGGAAAAUGGCGGCGAGGUCUCAAAUGAAACCAUCGAGGAGCGGUGCUUCUCGGCCGCUCUCGUGUGUCUAGAAGGGCAUUUUACCCAGUCGCCUCCCAUGGGCCCUCAAACCACAGCCAGAGUGAGCUCCAUGAUCUCAAAGACGCUGGAAAAGACUCACACUCUUCGAAAAGCUAGGGAGGCUCUGGCACGAAACGUAGCAAUCUGGAUAUGGCUUACAAGGAUUUUUGCUGCUGCCAUCCCGAGCCUAACGUCACGGUCAGUGGGACCGCUAUCUGCGUUGAAUGACCCAAACAAGGGGGUCAGCCCUCAGGAGAGCACAGCCCUGAUCGUCCUCAACCAUGUUUCCGUCAAGGAGGAUCUGGGGACACUUAUCAAGCUUAUGCACAUUGCUCGGAAUCUUCUUGUAAAUGCCGAGCCUGAGGUCCCUCAGGACAUCUGUGCCGCUGUGCACUUUGACCAGAUGGUUUACCAAACCAUCAUCCUAUGUGUCAACGUGACCAGCAAAGGCUAUGACGGCGAGAUCCUGGACGAGGCUCAAAGAGUGAAGCUCACCGAUAUUACUGAAUUAUAUAAGAAGCUGCUUGUAACUUCACUGCAGCAGGUUCAUAAUUGGACUGCCAAGCAUGAUCGCAACAAGAUGUCGUUUUGGUUUGAUGUUCUGUUUGACGACGAUGGCGCGCUAUCAGGGCCUGAAGAAAUUAUGAGCGACGGCUCAGGAUUCCGGCCGGACGCGGCUAAGCACCAAGUUCAGCACUGGCUUGAUCGGAACUCAAAAAUGUGCGACACAGCCAGGAAGCUGCUCAAAGACUAUGUCCAGAACCAUGCAGACAAGCCGCCGGGAAAUCUAGCCCCAAUUCGGCCAUUGGCUUGGAAUUGGCUUCCAGAUGUCCCUGCUGACUCGCCUGUUGACGUGCAAGAGGGUAAUGAGAAGACGAUUCCAGUUUGGAACGUGGACGAGACAGACAAGUUUGAACAAGAUCGGCUAUACGGCCGUGUAUCUCGUGAAAUUGAUACUUGGUGGCUCCGAGCGCGAGAUCCAAAUUACGAGGAUUGGGUCGUCGGCAUGCCGUCUGUGGAGUUUGCACAAUCACGCACAGAGCAUUGCCGGAACAAUCUGGUCCAUCGCUAUGCUCAUUCCUAUCGAGCAGAUCACUCACCACCUCCAGAGGGUGCUGAGGAGGACCUCUCUGACCAUGAACACUGCCAUGAGUGUCAUGAGUGCUACCUCCGCCAUCACCAUCACCAUGAAGACGAUCAUGAGUGUCAUCACCACCACCACCAUGACCACGAGCAUGGCCACGUUCAUGAGAUCGACAAUGAGCAGGAGGAGCACGCUGAGGGUGGCGACGAAGUAGUAGAGUGCGACCAUCACCACCAUCACCACCAUGAUGACGAGGAUCACCAUCACCAUCACCAUUGCCACCACCAUCAUCACCACCACGAUCACGACUAUCCUCAUGAUUAUAUGGAUGAUAUGAUGGACGACGAAGAGGUUGACGACGAUGAAUCGUACGGCGACGGACCGUUAACUGGGCUCCUGACCGAAGUGCCUAAUAUCUUGGAUCCUAAACAAAUUGAGGCACUGCACAUGAUUAUCAAGUCUUGUAUCCUCGAUCAUGCAGGAUCUGGGUUAACACGGGUGGGAGAGAACCUACAAAAAUCUCGGUGCAGAAUGUUCCUCGCAUUAGACUGUGGAAAGAGCCUGCUUCGUGAACUGCUUGUCUUCAUUGCAGUGUGGGACAAGGAUGAACAGAGUCUUAUUUUCCAGGUCACAACGCAAAUCGUCGAGGCUAUUCAUCAUAGUGCUCUGGUACCAUAUGCUUGGAACUCUCUGAGGAUACCCAAGGAUAUCAUCUCUCCAGCACAGACGGUCCUUUUGCGUUUAGUCAAUCACAUGCUACGGGCUCGGGUUACUAGCACCACUACCCAGGACCCUAAGGACCAUACCAAGGAUCUUAAAUUAGUACAUUUCUUCUUCAGCUUUUUCCGAAGCAGAAUUGUGCCCGAGUGUGCUGCUCUCAUGCAUCUGCAGGCCCAAAUCCGCGAGGAGAACCGCGAUCCAUCCGAGUUUCCUGUUGACAGCUGGGAUAUGGAACGAGCAAAGGACGGACUGGCUCAGUACCUAGAAUUCCUCACGACUGCGGCCGAAAUGGUGGAUAUGAGGCCUCAUCUUAUUGAGUGGCAGGCUAUAUAUGACCUUAUCACGGUUCUCAGUAGUCUCGAGGCUGCAGUCCCAAAGAAGCCAAUGGUUGAAGUACCCAAGCGUGCACCGGCAGCCGAGACAGCCUCCAACGCGAACGGCAGUAACAGUGACCUGAUGGUCGAGCGACCGUACUCUACCGGAAAUGAGAAUGUUCCUCCAUCACCCCCGCCACCACCUUUGCAAGAACCAGCUCAUAAAUUUCCAUGGAGUGGUAUCAAGGGCCAGAUUUUCACCAUUAUUGCAACACUUCUGCAGCCACCACCGGGACAGAGCAGUCCUGGCAAUGCACAAGUGCAAAUGCAGAUGAUGAAGUACAACGGCAUUGUUCCCCUACUAAACUGCUGCGCGUACGACGACCACAAUCCAUUCGCCAAGGAGCGAGUCACCAUCUGCUUGAAAUGGCUGCUGGACGGCUGUGAAGCAGCGAACAACUUCUUCCGCGAGCUUGUCAGCAUGGCACCGCAGCCUAACCUGAGGCCACCACCAGGAGGCACCACUGUGUCAACGAUCAGGGUGGAUGGAGUGCAAGGCGAAGUCAAAGUGCAAGUACGUUCGAACACGGCAGCGCCGCUGGCAAUGCCUGACCGCAGCACCAGCAGCACGGAUGAGCUGCUUGAGAAGGCUGCGGAACUUAAAUUGGGAUUGAACCAAUCCAAGAAGAGUGGUGGUGGACGGAGUAGCAUCGAGGAGGAUUUCAUGGCGUAA